UAGGCUCUGGAGCUGGAGUUCUGCGAGGUCUGUGAGCGGAAGCGUUACUAAACGGAUGACACCGGCAGAGAUUUAAUAAGGCAUGGAGGCUGUAGUGUAAAUUCAUGUUCGGUUUAGUUUUUUGUGACGGGGCCAUCUGAGUUGAGUUUAGAUUGAGAAUUCAGUUGCGUGUGUUUGUUUUUUAUUGUUUAAAAUGGAUGAUGUCGUAGGUGUUGAAGAAGUGCAUCUUUCAAAAGGAAUAAAGCUAACCGAAGGAAUCGAUGUGGGGAAAUUAACAAACCCAUCAGGCACAACAUUUGAAGUAGACAUUAAUGAUGGUGAUGUCAGAAAUGAAACAUCCUACUUUAAUAAAGAACAGUUGCUGCAGUGUGUUAACUAUGAUUGCAUUAAUGUUGACUCAGAUGAGGAUGAUGCUAAGUCGGAGCCAGGAGUAACUCCUUUUCAGAGAAUGGCUUCAAAAAUGAUAAGUUUAACAGAAGAUGGAAAGAUUAAGAAACGGGAGAUUCGACCAGGGAUUGGGUGUGUAGUCCCAGAAAAAGCUGUUGUAACAGUCCAUUAUAAUGCUUAUGUUGAGUACAGUGAUGAACCAUAUGACUCAACGUGGUUGCGUGGAUACCCUAUGGUAGGUCGUCUUGGUCAGGGUUUCAUUACAGGCCUUGACAUUGCCAUUGCUUCCAUGAAGAAGGGUGAGACUUCAAGGUUUCUUAUACAUCCUGAUAAGGCUUAUGGAAAAUUGGGCUGUCCACCAAGAAUUCCACAGAAUGCUGAGUUGCUGUUUGAAGUGGAGUUAGUGAAAUUUGUAGAUAAUGCUGCAGCUGAAGCUUUUGAGGCUCUCAGCUUGGAGGAUCGUGAAAAAGCAGAGUUCAGUACGAUUUUGAAGGCGGCACAAGCAGAGCACUCAACAGGCAAUGAAAUGUUCAAGAAAGAUCAGAUUGGUGGGGCUGUAAACAAAUACAAAAAGGCUGUCAGCAUCCUUGAGAAUUGUCACUUGAAAGAUGAAGAGGAGGAAGCCAAGCAGCAGAACAUGCUACUCAAGUUGUAUAUCAAUCUGGCAGUGUGUUACAACAAGCAGAAAGUUCCCAGACUGGCAUGUGUCAUGUGCCGAAAUGCACUUGUCAUCCAGCCAAGAAAUGUCAAAGCCCUUUUCAACUUUGGAAGAGCUCUUCUGAUGUUAAGUGACUUUGAUCAAGCUAAGCAUUUCCUGAUCAGUGCUCAGAAGAUUGAGCCACAAAAUAAUGAAAUCUCCAAUGAGCUGAAGAAGCUUGAUAAGAAACGGAAAACUUAUGAGGUUGACGUCAAAAUAUUUUCCCAGCGCUUGUUUAGUGGCACUUCAGGAAAAGUUGAUAAUGAGCCUAAGUCAAAGAAAUGUGUAGUCUCAGCAGAGUUUGAAAAUUCUGCAAGGAAAUUCCUGACAGAGUUUGUUAACGACAGUGAGAAAAGCCAGAUGCCACUGCCUACAGGAUUAACAGCACAAGAAGAGUUUUGCAUCAGGCAGACUGCUGAGCAGCUGGGACUGAUUAUUCGCUCACAGGGGCGAAUUGGAGAAAAAUUACUUUAUAUAUCAAAGCCUGAACCUGAAUGAGGGGCCUGAAUUUUCAGCGAGGAUGAAGUCUUUUACCAUUAACUGAUUAAUGGUGUGCUACAGAGUUUUUUAGUGUAAUGUGUAUGAACUCUUUCUGUGGGCUUGGUUUCCUUGAAUUAGAAGACAUGUUGGACUUACUCAGUACCAGUAAAUGUUAUCUUUUGUUGCACUACUGCAGAGGUACAAGUAACAUCAUGAGAGUACAAUCUUAACAUAUGUAACUCCUCAAUAUAUUUUCAUAAAAGUAUAAAAAAUUUACAGACUGUUUAAACUUGUAAAGCUAAUUUAUUCAUACUUUAUACACACACACAUAGUGUGUUAUGCAUCUGGUUUUGAUUAACAAUUUUGUAAGCUUCUGAAUUUUCAGUAUCUAAUUGUAUAGUGUAGCGUGUAGACUCAUCACUAGGUAGUGACCGUGGAACAAUAUUCACUGCUAGGCAACAGAUUCUUAAUAAGCAAGUAUAUGCAGCCCUUACUGAGUAAUGCCUUUGCAAACAGACAGGUUCUCAUUGCAAGGAGUCCAGUGCAACAAUAGAGGAACUAUUAAAAGUGGUGUUUUCUACGUGGUCUGUGCUGAGGGUUUAUCAGUGGUAAGAGUUUAGAGUUUAGUCAGUUGUAGGGGAGUCUAAGAAGAGAAGACUUAAUCGGCAUAGUUGAGAGCCAGCAGGCAAUGAAGUAA